AUGAAGCAGCCUACUCUGGAGGAUUAGAUUUCUGUCUUUAGCAUUAUUUCAAGCAUAGACCUAGACCUGAGAAUUUUACCAGAUACAAAGAAUUGCUUGAUAGAAAAAAAUACUAGGAAAAAGAAACAAAAAUUUGAGGCCUAAAUCCAAUUUACAGAUAAACAAAGAGCUCUUAAAGAUAUUUAUCGAAUGGUAUAUAUUUAAUAAUAUAAGGAAGAAGGCUCGUAUUUUACAAAAUCAUUAUUUAAAAAAUGGAUAAAUUAAGUACUUUUACCUCAUUCAAAAACUAUUGAGAAUUCAAAAAAAGGUCUUCUCUUAUUAGACAACUUAAGUAGCCAUGAUUAUGAUGAUUUAUAAUCUGAUCAAGAAAACAUGAAUUAUGAAAUAAUGUUUCUCCCUCCAAAUACUACGGACCUUCUCUAACAAUUAACAAAAUCUAUAAAUAAAAAUAUAGAGAAAUGUGUUUAGACUAUCAAUAUUUUUUAGGUCACGAUCAAUAACAAAACUAACUCAUAGAGAUUUUAUAGAAUAUUUAGUUUAAGCAUGGACACAGAGAGAUAUAACCAGAGAAUGUUUAGAAAUCAUGGAAUUGCUAUAACUAAAAUAUAUAAGAAAAAAACUAAAUCUUAUAAGAGCUCUUAGUCUAAAAUUCUGAAAAUCAAGAGAAUGAGUAUAAAGAGUAAAAAUGAUGAUGGAGAAGAGUCUUUUGAGAGUCACAAAACAUUAACCAAUUCUUAACUAUAUGAAUUCUUCUUUAAAGAAGAUAUUGAAAACUCCUAAGAAUAUAACAACAAAGAAUAAUAAUAAUGA